AUGGAGGCGUUGCGGCAUGAGGUGGGUGCAUGGUUCAGGCGCUCCAACGGCACUGACUGGCGCACACUGUCCACAGUCUCGGCGGGCUACCGCUCUGAGCUGCAGACACCCACGUUGCAGGGCCGGCCGAGCCCGUUGCUUGUUGAGCAGAGCCCACAGGCUACCGCACAGGCCAUGAGCUCGCCGCCCACCGCCCAGAGUGCACCGUGCGCGCAGCGGGCGUGCGCGGGCGUGCCAUCCAGCUCCAAGAAGGGCGGCACAGGCAAAAGCCCAGCUCUUCCGACGGAUGUGAAGGAGAACAAGGACGAGAAGAAGAAGGACCGCCAACAUCCGGGGUGCUGCUGCUAA